AAACAAUUUAAAAAUGCCAAUAAGAAGAAAGAGGACAGCAAAAUUAAUAGGAAGGUUGCUUACUAAGGAUCAAUUUAGUACUGGAGUACCUAACAAGAGAAGGAAGAUAUCAACAAAGAAGUCGACCACUAAGAAAGCUGCAAAGAGAUCUUCCUCUACUAAGAAAACUUCUAAAGCCAAGAAGAAGAGAGACGCAAAGGCUAAAUCUAAAGCUUCUACUUCUAAGAAGACCAUUAAAGGAAAUAGCAAGCUAGCUCAAUUGAAAAAGAUGACUACUGUUGUUGCUGAUACUGGUGAUUUCCACCUGAUUAAGAAGUACAAGCCAACCGAUGCCACAACAAAUCCAUCUUUGUUGCUUGCUGCUUCAAAGAUGACUGAGUAUGAUUCCUUAAUUGAUGAGGCAAUUCGUUCUGAACUUAAGAACAAAAAGGUGACAGAUACUGUGAUUUCAGAUAUCUGUGAUAAGUUGGCAGUCAUCUUUGGAACUAAGAUUUUAGAUAUUGUGCCAGGAUACGUAUCCACUGAAGUUGAUGCAAGGCUCAGCUUUGAUACAAAAGCCACUGUAGCAAAGGCAAGAAAGAUUAUCAAGCUUUAUAAGGCUGCAGGAGUUAAGAAGGACAGAAUCUUGAUCAAGAUUGCAUCCACUUGGGAAGGAAUCCAAGCUGCUAGAAUUUUACAAAAAGAAGGAAUCAGCUGCAACUUGACUUUGUUAUUCAAUUUCUUCCAAGCACUAGCUUGCGCUCAAGCUAAUGCUACUCUUAUUUCUCCAUUUGUCGGAAGAAUCCUCGAUUGGUAUAAGAAAAGUACAGGAAAAGAAUAUAAACCAGAAAAAGAACCAGGAGUUUUCUCUGUGACAAGAAUUUAUAAUUAUUAUAAGAAAUAUGGGCACAACACUUUUGUGAUGGGAGCUAGUUUCAGAAAUAGCGGAGAAAUCAUUAACUUGGCUGGAUGUGACAGACUAACUAUCUCUCCCGCCCUUUUAGAAGAACUUGAAACAUCCAAAGGAAAGAUCCAAAAGAAGCUUGAUAGAACAAAAUCCAAGAAGGAAUGUAAAGACCCAAAGGUAAAAGUGACUGAAAGCCUCUUCAGAUGGGAAAUGAACGAAGAUGCAAUGGCCACUGAAAAGCUCUCUGAAGGAAUUAGAAAAUUUAGUGAAGAUCUCGUAGCUCUUGAAGGCAUUAUUAGAGACAGAGUUAAGAAAUCUUUAAAGAAAGGAAAGAAAUAA